ACGAAAAAACAAAAAUUAGAGAUAUUUGAUAGACCAAACAAAAAAACAACUCUAUAGACUAAUAUAGUUUAGCUGUUCUUGAAAAUGUACGGACAGUGCGAUAUAGAAUCAGAUUACGAUUUGUUAGAGACGAUACGACGUCACUUGCUAGGUGGAGGAGACAACGAGCUGCGACUCAACGAGUCCAUCCCGAGUUCUUCUUGUUUCCCGGAGACUUGGGGAGAUUUGCCGUUGAAAGAGAACGACUCAGAGGACAUGUUGGUCUACGGACUCAUCAAAGACGCCUUCCAUUUCGACACGUCAUCGUCCGACUUGAGCUGUCUCUACGAUAUCCCGGCGGCGGUUAAAGUCGAGCCGACUGAGAGUUUAGAGGUUGUUGCGGAGAAACCGAAAAAAGCGGUGGCGGCGGCGCCGAAGGGUAAGCAUUACAGAGGAGUGAGACAGAGACCGUGGGGGAAAUUCGCGGCGGAGAUACGUGAUCCUGCGAAAAACGGAGCUAGGGUUUGGUUAGGUACGUUUGAGACGGCGGAGGAUGCGGCUUUGGCUUACGAUAGAGCUGCUUUUAGGAUGCGUGGCUCCCGCGCUUUGUUGAAUUUUCCGUUGAGGGUUAACUCCGGUGAACCUGACCCGGUUCGGAUCACGUCUAAGAGAUCUUCAUCGUCAUCUUCUUCUUCUACAUCGUCGUCUUCUUCGUCGUCGUCUGAAAACGGGAAGUUGAAACGUCGGAGAAAAGCAUAGAAGCUGACGUCGGAGAAGGUGGAGGUGAAGUGCGAGGUUGGUGAAAGAGACACGUGUUGAUGAGUUAUUGGUUUGACUUUGUGUAUGUGUGUUUUGUAGUUUGAAAAUUUUGCUAUUAUACGUUGAGGCAAAUAUAUGUAAAUUAUUAC